AUGGAAUACCUUUCGACACCGAAAAGCUCGAGACUCUCGCCUGUCAUUGUACCUUAUUUGCCUGGGUUUAGUCUCGAUGACGACGAGUUCAGCUCGUACCCAGACCGCGCCGGCUGUGGACAUAAGCAGAUUCUUGACAUCACACUCCCCGCCCGGAAGCUUGCCAGCCUCGCCCAAGAAUGGCUGUUCUUCGGGCUGAUCGACGGUCUGCUCGGUUGUUCUGUGGAAAGAUCUCGAUUCAUCAGCAGCGACGGGCAAUCGAUCGAUGCCACAGCCUUGCAGGCGAUUAUGACCCAGGUCACUCUUGACCUCCGAUCAACAGAAAGCCAAGGGCGUAUCGAGACAAUCCAGCACAGACUUCAAACGGCUGUCGACGCCAGCAAAAGGCUGGAACGGGUGGUCACGGACGAUGAGCCGAGCAUUGCCAUCUUCUUGUCAAUCAGAAUACUGACGGACUUCAUCAGUGGCUUCAUUGACACUGGCUUGCUGGCCGGAGAUUUCUAUGGCUUGGCAACAACCACACUGACAUCGACUCGGGCUCCCCAUGUUACAGUGCUUGAGGACGCAUCUGUCAAGCUUGAUGAACUGACACCUGUGCAACGACUGCUAUUUGACCGGCUCGAAGACAACGGCUGGUGUCACUCACAGAUCAUCACCGUCUUUUGCCGCACCGAGCACCUCAUGGUCUACUAUCUCAGCUUUCUGGACCGUGAUGAGGGCCCUGACAUAAACCAUGGGUCCUGUACCUAUCUCCUCUGCAAAGCAUACAACACCAGCGCGUCCACCAAGAGCGCGCGUCACGUUGUUGAUGGUUGUCAGUGCGCUCUGGUCAGCCUGCCUGAGAAGGAACUUGUGCGCAUUAUCGAAAGUGAUAAGAUUCCGCUGGUGAGAAUCAAGAUAGCGGCGGAUGAAGAAGCUUUUUUAGAGCUCGAGGCGUGCUCAACGUUUUCGGAUGCGCAAUACACAGCCAUGUCACAUGUGUGGAUUGACGGGAUGGGCAACCCCGAAAAGAACGCACUGCCGACAUGCCGGCUCACCAGGAUCGCCAAAUCCCUAUCGUCGCAUGACCAACUCGGCGAGAAGUCCACUCGAACGCCUAAACGGAGCCCACUCUUCUGGAUGGAUACUCUCGGCAUUCCCGUGUCUCCACAAUAUGCCAACAUAAGACAAAAGGCCAUCAGCAGAAUGGCACUUAUCUAUACUGCAGCCGCUCAAGUCCUUGUUGUGGAUCGCGAUUUGGAAAAUAUGAGCAUCUCAGAACGCUCUACUGCGGAACUGACUGCGUGGACGGCAACUUCUAAAUGGAACACGCGGUGCUGGACCCUGCAAGAAGGGGUUCUUGCACGGAACUGCCUUUUCCAAUUCAAAGACACAGUUGUUUCGAUCACUGUUGAGGAUCGUUUCGCGCAAGACAUGAGGAUGUUCGCUCAUGAUAAGCCAUUCUGGUAUGGCCCUGUGAUAGGGGUCUACUGGUUCGGGGAGCGUCUCGGGUGGACCACCAUUGCUGCCGCGAAUCGGUGGAUUGACGGACCGCCAAUCAACCACGCCACUGUUGCAAAGGGUGGGCUGUUCUACGGCACCGAGCCAGCGGAGAAUAUCACAAAAGACCUGAUAUAUCGUGCCUUAAGGCUGGCAACAAGCUCAAUCUCGGCUCAGAGGCGACCGUUAGAACAGUUCCGGCACAAUGCCGCUCCCCCGAGCCCCGAGGUCAAGUAUCUACGCCUUCUAGAUAUAUGGAACCUCCUAGGUCGACGGCAUACUACCAAAGCCGAGGAUCUUCCAGACAUAAUUGCCAAUCUGACGGAUGUCAGGGCCUCCCGACUGAGAGACUUUGAUGAGUCAGUUGACAGAAUCAAGGUCAUUCUCAACUGCAUGGAUACAUUUCCCGCUGAAAUCAUGUACAACGACUAUCCCAGACCUCGCGCGGGCAAAAACUCCGCCGAUCGAUGGAUUCCCUCGAGUCCUGGAACAGAACAGGUAUUUGGAGACGCGCGAGUGUCGCCCAAGCCUGAUGGCCUUCUUGUUUGA